AUGUUCGGCAAACGCGGAUACCGCGACGGCACGCUCCUUACCACGUCCGUUGUGCCGCCUAAAGGCCGCUUCAACGCACCGGCAAAUGCGGUCGCCGAGGACGAGGCGCGAACUCGCGAGGCGGCAAAGAGGCAGAAGACUGAGGCGGAGAAGCGGAUCGUAGCGGAGCGCUGCCCGAUCUGCUGGGACUCGCCGCCCGACCAGCUUGUCACCGCGCCGUGCGGCCACACCUUUUGCCGCUCGUGCAUCAUGGCCGCGCUCGUCAUCCGGAAAGAGUGCCCCUGUUGCCGCGAGUCCCUCAGCUCCCACCGCGCCCUAACUCACCGGAGUGAUCCCGAGGUUGUCCCUCGCCACCCGGAAGCGACCGAGUUGCAGCCCACAGCCGGCGAGGCGCGGCAGUCCGCAGCCGGCGAGGCGCGGCAGCGUGACGCAGGCGAG